AUGAUGGCCACUAACACUUCACCUACGCAGCCGACCUGCCAAAAUUGCACAACGUCGACAACUCCAUUGUGGCGUCGCGAUGAAUAUGGCUCCGUGCUCUGUAAUGCCUGCGGUCUCUUCCUCAAGUUGCAUGGCCGCCCGCGGCCCAUCUCAUUGAAGACCGACGUUAUCAAGAGCCGUAAUCGCGUCAAGACGAUGCGACCCGAUCUUGCAGCCAAGAAAAAGGCCCAACAACAGCAGGCUCAGAACUUUGGUCUUGGCGCCGAUGUGAGUGGUGCCGCCCUAUCGGCGCAGAAUGCCGCUGCCGCAGCUCAAGCUAUUCGUCGGACGUCGCAAAAGUCGAACGGGAAUGAGGGAUCCGACUCUCCCAUCUCUCGCACCGGCACACCUUCCAUGUACAACCAGGGACUGCCCUCAUUCAUGGUUGAUGACCCCUAUCAAGGGGGCAGCUUCAACGGGUCCUCCGAGAACGGCGAUCGAGAUGCGCCGCAAACUCAUGAACAGCUGAUUGCUCACAACUCUAGUCUCAAGACCAGAGUUAGCGAGCUUGAGGUCAUCAAUGAGCUGUUCAGGGGCCGGCUGAGCCAACUCGAGCAACAAGAAGCAGCCGCCCGGCACGGCCAAGAAGUUGCUGGUGUUGAACAGACGCAACUUAGAACGCAGCUGGAUGCAAGCCAGGAGACUGUUACCCAACUGCAGGCCCAGCUCGAAGAUAGCCACCGCCGAGAGAAUAAUUUGAAACGGCGCUUGGACGAGCUCGAGCUGGAGCUGAAGGCAGUCAAGGAUGCCCUCGGUGGUGACGUAGAGCGCCCGAACAAGAAGCCCCGUAUUGGUGACGAUGCACCUGCAGCAGUUCCUACGCCGAUGGCAGAGGAAGAACAGCCAGAGCCACAAGCCGAACCCCAAAUAGAGCAACCUGAAUAUCACAGGGAAGAGCAACCUGAAGGGCCAAUUCUCGUAGAAGAGACAAUGGCAGAAGCUUCAGCAGUGGAAGAGCCGGCUGCCGAGGAGACUAUCAACGAGGCCGUCGAAGAGACCAAUGAAACGAUUGACGAAGCCGCUAUCGAAGAUGCGGUGCCUGCAGCCUCAGCGUCCUAA